AUGGCGGCGGGCGCGUCGGAUCCGCUAGAGGAGAUGCUGCUCUUCUCCGAGGAGGUGGACGAGAAGGCGCUCAGCGACCUGGUGGGAUCCCUGGAAUCGCAGCUGGCCGGCGGACGCGGCCCCGCCGAGGCGCCCCCGCCCAGGACCUCCGCCCCGUCCCAGCAGCCGCAGCAGGGGAGCCUGGCGGGGGGCAGCAGUCCCGGCCGGCAGCAGCACGGCCGCCCCGCGCCCCCUCCCGCGCCCGGGGCAGGGGAGGCGGCGGAGCGCCCCGGCAGCGCGGGGGGCCGAGCCCCCGCCCAGGGGCCUCUCCCGUCUCCGUCUCCCCCGGCGGCGGCGGCGGCGGCGGCUGGGAGGGGAGCGAGUGUAAACAGUAGUAGUGUGCAGCAAUCACAUGGAGCGGCUCCCGGCGGCGGCAGCCCCGCCGCUCCCGCCCCGCCGCAGCCCGCCGCCCCUGCCCAGCCUGUCAACAACCACGCGGCCGCUUCAACCGCCGCCGCGCGGGACGCGGGGAGCCCCGAGCCCGGCCCCAGCCCGCCCGCCGCCGACGGCGCGCCCGGGGCCGCGGGGGGCGGCGGGACCCCGGCGGGGGGCGGAGGAGCGGCCGGAGCGGCCGAGGGCGCCGCCGCUGCCCCCGCGCCGCGCCCCGGCGAGGCGGCGCCCAGCGGGGAGGGCGCGGGGUCCCGGGCGGUCGCGGUGCCGCCCGUCAGCGGGCACGGCGGGGCCGCCGCCGCGCAGCCCCAGCCCGCGCCCGGCGCGCUGCCCGCGGUCACCGCUCUCGGCGCCUCCGCCAGCCCCGCGCCCGCGCCGCCGGCCCCGGGCUCGGCCCCGCCGGCCCCCGCGGCCCCCGCCGCGCCCAAGCCCGCGGUCACCGCUAAGGCUGGCGCUGUCCUGCCCGCCGCCCCCCAGGCCGUGUCGCCGCGGCCGGCGCUGGGCGCUGCCCCCCGGAUCGUGGCUCCGCAGCUGAUCGUGCGGCCGCCGCCGCAGACCACCAUCCAGCUGCCCCCCGGCUUCACCAUCCCGCCCGGGAUGGUCCUGGUGCGCACGGACGCUGGACAGCUGGUGAUGGUGCCCCAGCAGGCUCUGGCACAGGCUCAGAUGCAGGCCCAGGUGCAGACACAGGGACAGGGUCCUGCCAGCAUGUCACCCAGGCUUUCUGUGCCCACAACUGGUCCCGUUUUUCGCCUGUCAACAGCUCAGCAGCCGACGUCGGUGGCCACGUCCAGCGUCCGCCUGGGGCUCCCGGUGCAAGCCAAGGUGGUGCCGACCACGAGCAGCGCGGCGGCCACGCUGCCAGGAGGGGCUGUGCUCUCCCACACCACGGUCUCAGUAGCUACGACGAGCGCUCAGAAUUUGUACAAGACAACGGUAGCCACUGGAAGUUCAGCUUCUCAGCAGCCUGCGGUGCUGAGUGGAGGGCAGAGCCAGGGCUCAGGGCAGCCCCAAGGGCAGCCUCGGCUGCCGCUGCCCCCUCCCACGGCAGCGCAGGUGCCAGCGCAGCCCCUGGUCAUCCCCAGCUCCCCUGUGCCGGGAACUACCGUGGUGUCGCAGGAAAUGCAAGAGAAUGUGAAAAAAUGUAAAAACUUUUUAGCUACCCUUAUAAAACUUGCUUCUCAUAAUUCACCAUCUCCAGAAACGUCCCGCAAUGUGAAAGCUCUGGUUCAAGAUUUGUUGGAUGCAAAGAUUGAUCCAGAAGAGUUUACAGGCCGCCUUCAAACAGAACUCAAAUCAUCUCCUCAGCCAUAUCUUGUACCUUUCCUUAAGAAAAGUCUACCUGCACUGAGACAAUCUUUACUGAAUAGUCAGCAUUUGGUUUUGCAAGGACAGCCGUCUCAGCAGUCGCUCCAACAGACCAAGCUCUCACAAGUGAUACCUCAAUCUGCCUCGGGAAGCAUUUCCUCCGUUGUCACGACGCAGACGAUAGGAAUAAGGCAGCCAAACAACAUUUGCACAGUCUCUGUAUCAAAUACAGUGCAGCCUCCUCAGGUUAAGGUGGUACAGUCAAAUCAAAGUUCUCAACUGCAGAUUAUCCAGUCAACAUCUGCUCAAACUGUGAAACGAACCCCUGCUUGCCAGACUACCCAGAUUAGGAUGCCAGUGGUAAUAACUCAGACCAUUAGACCACAAGGCACAGUAGGGAAGGCACCAACAAUACAAGCCAGUAAAAGUCCUGGGGGCUUUGGUGUUCAGGUCUCUGCAAAUCAGAAAAACAAGCUGAAUGACCCUGGAGGUGGUUCUUUCAGAGAUGAUGAUGACAUCAAUGAUGUUGCCUCUAUGGCUGGCGUUAACCUUAAUGAAGAAAGUGCCCGAAUUAUGGCUACCAACUCUGACUUGGUUGGAACCCAGAUCCAGUCCUGUAAAGAUGAACCCUUCCUUGCUGCUGUACCUCUCCAUAAACGCAUACUUGAAACGGCUAAAAAACUAGGAAUUACUGAUGUGCCAGCUGAGGUCGUUACUUUUAUUUCCCAUGCAACACAGAACAGAUUAAGAACGGUGAUAGAGAAAGUGACGGUGAUAACCCAGCACCGGAUGGAGUCGUACAAAGACGAUGAAUGGUACGAACAAGCCACCGAUGUCCGAUCACAGCUGAAGUUCUUCGAACAGCUGGAGCGUUUAGAAAAGCAAAGGAAAGAUGAACAAGAGCGGGAAAUUUUGCUGAAGGCUGCCAAGAGUCGCUCAAGGCAAGAAGACCCAGAGCAAGCUAGACUGAAACAAAAAGCAAAGGAGAUGCAGCAGCAGGAGCUUGCCCAGAUGAGGCAGAGGGAUGCCAACCUAACGGCGCUGGCAGCCAUCGGUCCCCGCAAGAAACGGAGGCUGGAUGCACCUGGCCUGCUCACCAUAGGAGGAGAGGGCGCGGGGGCGUGCGGGGGCAGCCAGGCCGGGCUGGGCACGGCGUCCCCGCGGCAGUACCCGCGGCAGAAAAUCACACGGGUGAACCUCAGGGACUUCAUCUUCUACAUGGAACAGGAGCGAGAAAUGAGCCAUUCCCUCCUGCUCUACCGAGCUCUGCUUAAAUAAAGCCAACGGUCGUACUGAUUGCUCCACAGAAGCUCAACUUGCUUUGAAAGCUGUCAUUUUGAUGUGCCUUCUAUUUUUUUCAGAAGUCAAUGUUCCAUCAAUGCUGUGAUGUCAUGGUUUAAACUUUCCAUCUCAAGUUCACAUUUAACUCGGCUGGCACAGCCUGGAACCCUUUCCAAUGCCA